CAAGAAUUUAGCAUGGAUGAACAGGAUAUCUUCUUUUUCGGCAGUAAGAAAACCGAAAAAACCCAGUCUACAUCAAAAUUACAAGCAGAAGCCGAUAAUUCCAGUGCAACAAAAAACCAGGUUAUUAUCUCGCGGCCUACUGCAGAGGUGGAUUAUAAAACCAAUAAUCCAAAUACCGGUCUCGCCAUCGUACUCAAUCACAAAUACUUAAGGGGACAAACUAUUCGUAAAGGUACCGAGAAAGACCGUAGCGAUGUUACAUCAGCUUUAGAGAAUUAUGGAUUUGAAGUGCGCGUUUACAACGACUUAAAAGUGGGAAAGAUAUCAAAACUUCUGAAAUCAGUUGCUGCUGAGGAUCACAGCCAAAGUGAUUGUUUCGUGCUUGUUGCUAUGACCCAUGGAGAUAAGGGCAGAAUAUGCGCAGCCGAUGAAUUUUACUCAACUGAGGAGCUGUGGGAGCCAUUCCUCGGACAAAAUUGUCCAACAUUACUGGAUAAGCCCAAGUUAUUUUUUAUACAGGCAUGUCGUGGCAAGCGCGUCGAUCAACCAGUUAUGAUGACUGUGAUGUCCCGCUCUGGUUUUGAUUCAUUUGAACGAGCAAACAUCCCGGUUACAGCUUAUGCCAUACCAACUACGGCUGAUAUGUUGGUUAUGUAUUCAACGUUUGAAGACCAUUACUCGUUUCGUCAUAGCCUAAAUGGUUCCUGGUUUAUUCAGAGCCUUUGCAGUGUUUUAAAUGAGGCUGCCUUAGACGACAAAGCAAAAACUGAAGGUGUUGAGUUACUGCGCCUACUCACAGCCGUCAAUCGCAAAGUUGCCUACGAAUACCAAUCGUAUCACGUGCAAGAAAUGUUCGACCAAAAGAAAGAAAUGCCAAAUUUUAUGUCAACACUAACGAAGACGUUCCAUUUGAAAGUGAAACCCAAGAGAAUGGAUGCUAUGGGCGUUACUAUGCCAGACGUGGAAGACGAAAAUGGCGAGGAUGAAAAAUUCAACCGUAUAUUCAAUAGAAACACAGAAUUAUCUUUUAUAAAAGGUCCAGUUCAGUUGAUUUAAUUGCUUCAAGUAGUUUGUACAUAUACU